AUGCAGCGUGCCGUGAUGAAGCGACAGAAGAAGCGCAAGGACAAGCCCGUCCCGCUCCCUGAUCUGGCUCUGGAAUAUCCCGAGGACCAGGGCCACAGGGAGUCACGCCAUUCUCCUGAGCAUCUGGACACUGAUGAAGGCAACGGCCCAUCUGCCAACGGUGCUGCGGCUCGAACAUUCCCAGCCGAGCAGUACAGCCACGGCUACGUCAGGAUUGAAGAAAUCGAAGCCUACGAUGGCCGUUGGGUCUUUGUCUCAUGCCCCGAAUCCACCGGCAAAUGCCCACACUGUAUGAACCACGUCUACCACAUCGGAUGCCUGAUAGUCUCCAUCUCCGGCGCACUCUCAACCACCGGCCCCCAACCACGCUCCUCAAUCGGGAUCUUCUUUGGCCGCCAGAACAAGAAGAACCUCUUCGCCGAGCUAGAUGGUGAAAAACACACUGCGCAGACCGCCGAGCUUAAGGCUUGUCUGGAAGCUCUUACUCGCACCUUCGUCCUCCACACCAAGUGGCAGAUGGAGCCGCCCAAGAACGAGGCGUGUCACCCGCUCAACACGCUCGUUAUCAAGUCGGACUCGGAGUAUGUGGUCAAGGGAGCGACGGAGUGGCUGCCCAAGUGGAAGGAAAAUGGUUGGAAGAAGAGCAGCGGUCAGGCUGUUGCGAAUGCGGACCUGUGGCGGAUUAUUGAUUCGAUGCUCAAGCAGCUGGAGUAUGAUAUCAAGGUCCAGUUCUGGCUCGUUCCACGGGAUAUGAAUCGGGUUGCGAGCGCGAUGGCCAAGCAAGCACUCGGGGAGGCCUAA